CCAUCACUAUGACACUAUCACGUGACUCAAAACUUCUCCUUUUCUCUCUUUUGCUUUUGUUUUGCGCUUCGAAUUCGAAACAUCAAUGGCGCCCAAGGCUGCGGAGAAGAAGACCGUCGCCGAGAAGGCUCCCGCCGAGAAGAGGCCCAAGGCCGAGAAGCGUAUUCCUUCAAAGGACUCCGGCGACAAGAAGAAGAAGAGGAUAAAGAAGGGAGUCGAAACCUACAAGAUGUACAUCUUCAAGGUUUUGAAGCAGGUGCAUCCUGACAUUGGUAUCUCAAGCAAGGCUAUGGUUAUCAUGAACUCUUUCAUCAAUGAUAUCUUUGAGAAGCUUGCUCAAGAGGCCUCCCGCUUGGCCCGGUACAAUAAGAAGCCGACCAUUACCUCGCGGGAGAUCCAGACUUCCGUCCGCCUCGUGCUCCCUGGAGAGCUUUCGAAGCAUGCCGUAUCUGAGGGUACAAAGGCUGUCACCAAGUUCACCAGUUCUUAGGUUGAGAAAUUUGGGGUUGUUUUUGUACCAUCGCUGUUAUUUUUCAUUCCUUCAUCGUUUUGAUGAAAUUAGGGUUUAGGCGGGUUUGUAGAGUCCAUGAAUACAGCCCCGUUUCAACAAGUUAUUGUUUUUAUGCCUAAAGUUUUGCCUUUUAGUCUCAAUACUUGAAUGCAUGAUUGAAUGGUUCAUCUA